UGCUCUCUGUAUCUUUAUCUCUAGCCAUGGACAAGUACCGACGCGUAGACAAGCCUCGCCGCGAGGAGCAGGCAACGCAAGUUGAACCCAACGAGAUCCGUAUCACGCAGCAGGGCAAAGUGCGCAGCUACAUUUCCUACGCCAACGGACUCUUCGCUGAGAAGAGCGAACGUCGCGUGGUGUUGAAGGCCAUGGGCAACGCAAUCAGCAAAGCAGUGACAGUGGCGGAGAUUCUUAAGCACCGCGUUGCCAAUCUGCAUCAAGUGACGCGUAUUUCGUCCAUUGAGACUGUGGACGUGUAUGAACCACUUGAAGAGGGACUAGAUCGCAUCGAGACUACACGCCACAUUCCUGGUAUCUCCAUUCAGCUCUCACUGGAUGAGCUGGACCGUGACGACCCAGGAUACCAGAGUCCCAUCCCUCUGGAUCAAGUGACUGCAGGUUCGCCGACGUACCAUGACGGCCGGGAGUUUAGAAAGUCACGAGGCCACAGCAGACGCUCGGGUCGCAAUGGUGGAGGCACUGGAGACGCAGAAACUUCAACUAAAGUUGAGGAAACGAUUGAGGAAGCAGAGAACGAGACGGACCAGCAAUCACCCGGUGAAGGAGCUACAAGCAAUAGUGCGCCGACGACUCGGGGCAAGCGAGGCAAAGGACGGGGUCGUGGACGCACCAGUAGCAAUGGAGGACGCGGCAAGAAAACACGUGAACGGAAUUCGGAGGAAGGAGAGGACCAGGCGGAAAGUAAUGCAGUCGAGCAAGUAGAGACCGAGACGACGGCCACGCAGACUAGCCGGAAGUCUGGACGUGGGAGGAAAGCAAAGAGAACGACAAGUAACGGCGAUGAGAAGCCAGCAGAAGGCGAAGUCUCCGAUGAACCUCGUGAGAAUGGCCAGGUGAAUGGCCGAGGUGGCAGGGGACGGCAUCAUCGUGGACGCGGACGUGGUCGAGGACGUGGCCGUGGAGGUCAUGGCGAGAAUAAUGUCGCGUCUGCUACGACGGGUGCUGUUGCUGCCACGGAGUAGUCAGUGGCAGAUCGUACCAAUUCAUCUGAUGAAUUUCGUGUUGCUGGACGAUACGUCGUGUAAGCAUGGCGUUGGAGGUAGGUAGCCUGAACAAGAAGAAAAUAAGCAAACAAAAAUAAUAGCGAUUGACGCUGAUAGCUGCAUUCACAAGAAGCAUGCACUGUAUCGCAUCGGCCAGCGGAAUAAUACACACGGGAUUCCAUUGCGUAGCUCAACAUGCGACCACCUUUUCUACUGACGCUGCUGCCUAGGGCCACGGCCUCCACCGGCGC